AUGCAAGUUCUCCAGCUUUUGCCAAUUCUGAUAAUUUUCAGACAGUAUAAGUCCCGAAGACUCAAAGUCUCUUCUCAAAGCACCCGUGAUCUGCCGCGACAAGCAUUCGUUGUCAUUUUGUCGACGAUUCAAGGCUACUGGAAUGGGAAAAUUCAGGGGCUUUUUUGGUCAUGUCAUUUUGUUACUUUCUGUCUUUAUUUACUCGCUUGCAAAGUUGGCAAAGGUUUUUAUAGUUGUGGUGAUGCCGAGUUUGCCGUGAGAGUCUGUCGUCACACUUGUGGAUAUUGUAAUGAUGCACUGUACGAUGGAAGGAAUACAGCACCGCUCUGUGCUGCCAACGUCAUGACUAGCCUUGGACCAAACUAUGCGUUCCUUCGAAAUCGGCUGCAGUGGAACACUUACUGA